AUGUAUAUCGCCGAUCAACAACUGGAGCAGCAGAUUGAGUGCCAUGGCUACAGUUGGUGCCAGAAUAGUGCUAAUCACCAGAAAGAUGCAAAUCUAGUUAGUGCACCGAUUUUGAAUGCUUAUUCCAAUUACAACUCUCAAGCAACCGAUUACAGAGCUGUAUGCCAUUUUAUCCAAUCAGGUGAUCAAUAUGACGUAGAUCGGCAAUUCGGCAGCACCAAUGAACGAGAUCAAAGUCCCACAAUGCAAAAACCUUCCUGUCUUUGGGGGCAAGCCAUUUUUACCAAUCGGUUUCAUCAAUUUGGUUGUUAUGAUUGGCUCAAUGGUGUUCAGAGCAAUGCACAAGUUCUAUUUGAAGAUGGUGGACAACAAUCUACAGCUUUUGAUCAUGAGCCUCAACAGUUUCAGCCGCAAACGGUAACCUUUCAAUAG